AUGUCUCCACUUAUAAGAAGCAUUGUUGAUAUCACUGAAGUUUUCAAUCAAUAUGCAUCACAAAGUUGUGAUGGAGCAUCACUUAGCAAGAGAGAACUGAAAAAUCUCCUUGAGAGAGAACUUGGAGAUGUCCUUCAGAAACCACAUGAUCCGGAGACUGUAGAUCUGACCCUAGAACUUCUGGAUCGUGACUGCAACGGGCGUGUUGAUUUCAACGAAUUCCUCCUGUUCCUUUUCAAGAUUGCUCAAGCUUGCUAUUAUGCUCUCGAUCAGGCUGCAGAGCUAGGCGAGAAGAGAACCCUAACCAAGGAAAAGAGGAGCCUGUCACAAGAUCGCAGGCAAGAAGAUCAAAGGAGAUUCGAGCCCCGGGAUAGACAACUGGACGAAGAACCUGGGCGCGGAAGCUGGCAGAAGAGACGUGAGCAGGAGGAGCGCGCUGAGGAGCUGAGGCUGGAGCAGCGCGACAGGCAGCACCGCGACGAAGAGCAGCAACUGCAAAGGAGAGAACUGCAAGAACUGGAGGAGCGCCUUGCAGAAAAAGAGCCUCUAAGCUGGAGUAAGGGUCGUGACGCUGAGGAGUUUUCUGAGGUAGAGGAACAGCAAAGGCAAGAGAGACAGGAACUCAAGGGCAAGGGCCAAACAGAAGAGAGAAGGUUGCAGAGGCGCCGGCAAGAAGAGCUACGCGAACCCCUGCUGAGGCGCGAGCAGGAGCUGAGUCGUAGGCAGGAGCUGAGGCGCGAACAAGAGCUAAGGCGCGAGCAGGAGCUGAGGCAGGAACUGAGGCGCGAACCAGAGCUAAGGCGCGAACAGGAGCUGAGUAGAGGACAGGAACAGAGGCGCGAGCAGGAGCUGAGGCAGGAACUGAGACGCGAGCAGGAGCUGAGGCUCGAGCAGGAGCUGAGGCAGGAACAGAGACGCGAGCAGGAGCUAAGACGCGAGCAGGAGCUGAGGCAGGAGCUCAGGCGCGGGCAGGCGCUGGCUGAGGAGGAUGAGCAGACGCGAGUCCGGGAACCCGACCAGAGCAUCACCCAGAGGUGGCAGUGGCAGCUCGAAAGCGAGGCAGAAGCCCGUCAGAACAAGGUCUACUCUAGGCCUCGCAGGCAAGAGCAGAGGCUUCGCCAGGAGCUAGAGGAGCGUCAGCUCCGGGAGGAGGAGGAGCAACGCCGCGACCUCCAACGGCAGCGUUCCGCUGAGGAGGCUCGCCAGCGCUACCAAUGGGAGAGGCCGCAACGGGCGGAGGAGCGCCUGGAGCAGGAGCAGCGGUUCCGCGACCGGGAGGAGCAGCGCUUCCAGGAAGAGAGACUGCAAAGAGCUGAGCUCCAGGACAGCCUCCUUGAGGAAGAACAGAGGCGACGUCAAGCGGAGCGCCGAGAGCCAAACCGGAGCUGGGAGCUGCGGGAAGAAAACCAGAGACGCCGCACACCGAGGCAGCGUAGGGAGGAAGAGCUACUCGAGGAGCGGUUGUUGCAAGAAGAGCAGCGCCAGCGGCGGGAGAGGAAAUACCGCAGGGAGGAGGACCUGCAGCAGGAGGAAGAGCGGCUGCAGCAAGAUGAAGAGCAACUGCAGCGGGAAAAGAGGCGCCUGCAGCAGGAGAGGCAGUAUCAAGAGGAGGACCUGCAGCUGGAGGAAGAGCGGCUGCAGCAGGAGGAAGAGCGGCUGCAGAGAGAAAGGAGGCGCCUGCAGCAGGAGAGGCAGUAUCAAGAGGAGGACCUGCAGCGGCUGCAGGAUGAAGAUCGGCGCAGGGAUCUGAAAUGGCAGUGGCAACCUAGGAAAGAAGUCGAAGUUCGUAGUAACAGGCUUUUCACCAAACGCAGAGAGGAUGAGGAAACGAUCCAGCAGCUGGAAGACUCUCGGGAGCAAGAAAGACGUCAGGAUCGGCGGCCUCUGCAAAACGAACAGGAAGAGAGAAGAGAGCUGGAGCAGGAGAGGAGGCGCCUACAGCAGCGCGACCGGCAGAUCCUAGAGGAAGAGCAGCUGCAGCGAGAGCAGCAACGGGAAGCCAGAAGACGAGAUGAGACCUUCCAGGAGGAAGAACGGCUCCUGGAAGAAUCGAGAAGACAGCAACAGGAGAGAGAAGGCAAAUUCUUUGAGGAGGAAAGGCAGCUGCAGACAGAACGGGAAGAACAGAGGCGGCAUCAAGAACAAGAGAGAGAAUUCCGAGAAGAGGAGGAGGAGCGCCUCCAAGAACCUGAGAAAGAACUUCGGCAGGAGCGUGACAGAAAAUCCCGUGAAGAACAAGAGCGCCGCCAGCAGCGUGAGGAAGAGCAGCUGAGGCGCCAGGAACGGGACAGAAGAUUCCGCCUGGAACAAGAACGCCGCCAGGAGCGUGAGGAAGAGCAGCUGCGGGACAGAAAGUUCCGCCGGGAACAAGAACGCCGCCAGGAGCGUGAGGAAGAGCAGCUGCGGGACAGACCAUUCCACCGAGAACAAGAACGCCAACCCCGUCAGGAGCGUGAGGAAGAACAGCUGCGAGACAGAAAGUUCCGCCAAGAACAAGAACCCCGCCAGGAGCGUGAGGAAGAACAGCUGCGGGACAGAUCAUUCCGCCGGGAACAAGAACCCCGUCAGGAGCGUGAGGAAGAGCAGCUGCGGGACAGAAAGUUCCGCAGGGAACAAGAACGCUUCCAGGAGCGUGAGGAAGAGCAGCUGAGGGACAGACCAUUCCGCAGGGAACAAGAACCCCGUCAGGAACGUGAGGAAGAGCAGCUGAGGGACAGAAAGUUCCGCCGGGAACAAGAACGCCGCCAGGAGCGUGUGGGAGAGCAGCUGCGGGACAGAAAGUUCCGCAGGGAACAAGAACGCCGCCAGGAGCGUGAGGAAGAGCAGCUGAGGGACAGACCAUUCCGCAGGGAACAAGAACGCCGCCAGGAACGUGAGGAAGAGCAGCUGCGGGACAGACCAUUCCACCGAGAACAAGAACGCCGCCAGGAGCGCGACAGACCAUCCCGCCGGGAACAAGAGCUCCGCCAGGAACUCGAGGAAGAGCAGCUGCGGGACAGAAAGUUCCGCCGGGAGCAAGAGCUCAGACGGGACAGAAAACUCCGUGAGGAAGAAGAGCGCCGCCAGGAACUGGAGGAAGAGCAGCUGCGUGGCCGAGAGCGAGACCGUUUAAGGGUGGAAGAGCAGCUUCGCCAGGAGCGCGAGGAAGAGCGGCGGCGCCGCCAGGAACGUGACAGAAAAUCCCGUGAGGAACAAGAGCUCCGCCAGGAACUCGAGGAAGAGCAGCUGAGGGACAGAAAGUUCCGCCGGGAACAAGAGCUUAGGCGCGACAGAAAACUCCACGACGAAGAGCGCCGCCAGGAGCUAGAGGAAAGGCAGCUGAGCGGGCAAGAACGUGAGAGAAAGUUCCGCUUGGAACAAGAGCUUCGCCGGGAGCUCGAGGAAGAGGAGCGCCGCCAGCAGCGUGACAGAAAGUUCCGCCGGGAAGAGGAGCUCCGCCAGGAACUGGAGGAAGAGCAACUGCGGGACAGAAAGAUCCGCAGGGAACAAGAGCUCAGGCGGGACAGAAAAUUCCGUGAGGAAGAAGAGCGCCGCCAGGAGGAGUUCGAGGAAAAGCAGCUGCGGCUCCAGGAACCAGACAGAAGAUUCCGCCGGGAACAAGAGCUCCGCCAGGAACGCGAAGAGGAGCAGAGGAGGCGCCAAGAACGUGACAGAAAAUCUCGUGAGGAACAAGAGCUCCGCCGGGAACUGGAGGAAGAGCAGCUGAGGGACAGAAGGAUUCGCCAGGAACUCCAGGAAGAAGAGCUAAGGCGCCAGGAACGUGACAGAAAGUUCCGUGAAGAACAAGAAAUCCGCCGGGAACUCCAGGAAGAAGAGCUAAGGCGCCAGGAACGUGACAGAAAGUUCCGUGAGGAACAAGAGCUCCGCCAAGAACUGGAGGAAGAGCGGCUGAGGGACAGAAAGAUCCCCCGAGAACAAGAGUUCCGCCGGCCACGAGAGGAAGAGCAGCUGAGGGACAGAAAGUUCCGCAGGGAACAAGAAUUCCGCCGAGAGCCGGAGGAAGAGCAGCGGCGCCGGCAGGAGCGUGAGGAGGAACAAAUUCGCUUUGAGGAGCAACAGCAGCGCCGCCAGGAGCGCGAGCAACAGUUAAGACAAGAACGCGACAGGAGAGUCCGGGAGGAAGAAGAGCUUCGUCAGGAAAGGGAGGAGCUGCUACACCGUGAGGUGGGUGGCAGGAAAUUCCGGGAAGAGGAGCGAUUCCGCCAGGAAAGAGAGGAACAGCAGCGUCACCUCCAGGAGCGGGACAACAGAAGAUUCCGCGAGGAAGUAGAGCUCAGGCAAGAAAGGGAAGAGCAGCAGCUGCGUCAAGAGCGCCAAGAGCGCCAAGAGCGUGAGAGAAAAUUCCGUGAGGUAGAAGAGCUUCGCCAGGAAGAAGAGCAGCGCCGCCGCCAGGAGCUUGACAGGAAAUUCCGGGAAGAGAAACACCUGCGUGAGGAACGCGAGGACCAGCAACUGCGGAGGGAGAAGCGAGAUGUUCAGUACCCGGCUGAGGAGCAAUUUGCCAGGGAUAAGAUUCGUCGCCAGGAACAAGAACUACGUCAAGAAGAGGAACAAAGACGUCGCCAAGAGCGGGAGAGAAAAUUCCAAGAAGAGCAGAUCCGUCGUAGGCAAGAGGAGCAGAGGCGCCGCCCAAUACUAGAGCCUGGCACACGCCAGUUUGCCAAUGUCCCAGUGCGUUCCAGUCCUCUCUACGAGUACAUCCAAGAGCAGAGGUCUCAAUACCGCCCUUAAAAGAUGCUGCGAAAAUCCUGGCACCAGCCAAACCUUCAAGCAAAAGAAAAUGAGAAACACUGGGGUAUCCAGCGAUAACUCACGUGUUUCUGGUUGUGGGAAAACUCUCUGAUCUUAGAAUGUGUCUUUUCUUACAGAAUCUUAAACUAUACCCAUUUCAUUUCUUUCAAUUCCUGUCUUUCAUUCUUCCUCAGGUAGUCCUUUUUUGCAAGAUGUCUUUGUUCUUUAGUGCAGAUAUGAUGUGCACUUUUAAAAGUAAGUCAUUUAAUUUUUUGAAAAAAAUUUGUUUGAGAAGCACAUUGAUUUAUGGUCUUCAUAAAUAACAAGAAUAAUGUAGCACUCUGGUAUUCAAAGUAAUUGGGUCAUUAUUUUUAGUGGUGGAUCAUUUUGUCUAGAGCUUUCAUUUUAUAAGUUCAAGUUGACAUUUUGUUUGGCCUAAUUCCAUUUGUCUUGACCUCCAAAUGGUUUUCUCAGGUUUUGUUGCAUAAUUGUGACAGAUUCCAUCAGCAGGCUGAAAUUUUACAGCCCUCAAAUAAUGCAGGGGGAGAAUGAUUUAUGCAGAAAAUGCCAUAUGAAAUCAAUUCAUAACUGGAACAAAUCUUUAUUAAGAGAAUGCUUAGUAGACAAUUUUAAUUUGGCAUUAUAUUUUUAUAUUUUGCAUCACCUAAAACAAUCUCAUGAAGCAAAAGCAAAGUGCUUCUCAAACAACUCAAAUUUAAAACUGUAAUUGUAGCAUUCUGUUCCAUUUCCCCAAGUUUUGUUGGGUUUGAGAAUUUUUCUACUUUUGUAUAUUUUGGUUUGCAGGAAACCUACUCAAGAUUCUGUAAACAUUUGUCUUGUUUGGGUCCAAUAAGAACUCACAGAGUGAUGGAAGAAGGAAAGGGGGAAAUGUAUAAACAGAUGACAAAUUUCUAAAGGUCUCUUGAUUAUACUUAUCAGCUCACAAUCUUUUGAGGCCUUAUACUACCUGGAAGACAUUCUUGUUCAAAUAAUUUGACUGUUAAAAAUCAAUAAAUGUUUGGCAAAUAA